CUUGUUAAAAGGUGCUUGAAAACUACAUUGACCUGAAAAAGUUGUCAAAACAUUAAAUUUUGAGACUUAAACAGACGACACUUACCUUUGACAAUAAUUCUACUUAAUAUCAGAAUUACAGCAAAAUUUAUAUCGCAUGUUCAAAAUUGAAACCGUUUUAAAUUAUUCGUGUGAAGUUUUCUCCGAGACAGCGCUGAGCAAUGGACAAGUUUGGUGGCAAAAGUCACGGACUCUCCAGUGUUAAUAUUUGUGCGGAUGCCUGUCUACCUUCUCCAAGAAAAAGAUUUUCACCUUAUUAUAACUCCUUUGUGAACAAAUCUGAAGCCGAAGCUCAGUUUCAUCCAAAUAAUCAGAGUUUAAAGGAACUUGGGAAAGUUGCUGACCCAAGGAGUGUAAAUUGUAAGGAUCCUGGACAGAAGACCGAUGAAGCGGGAGACAGGAUGGGUUGGAGUGGGGCAGAGUGGGACCCCGAUCUGGGCUACUGCUCCCACAGCACGUGUAGCAGCUCCCACAAUGUGGAGCAGGGCACAGAGUCCUAUCAGUCAGAUUGUUCAGAUGUUGAGUAUGAGGGUGUUGUAGAAGGAGCAGAGAAAAUGGAAGAUGUGGUGCAACAGUUUGGGAAAUAUUUCCAAGGACAGUACCGGCAAGUGAUUCAUCACAUCAAGUCUUCUAUGCAGGGUAUUUUGACUGAACAACAAGAACAUUUGAGGCACAUUAUUAACUUUGCAACCAAGUCAUAUCAGAGUUCCAGUGGAAAUCCUCUCACUGAGACGAGUUCUCUCCCUUGCCUGACAGCAGAUGAACAUUACGGGAGUGAGUUACCGGCACCAGCCAACACAGCAUGCAAUCUGGAGGAGAUGGAUGCAUUACCUCCCCUGGAUGAUAUCGAAUUCUCCGAUUUCUAUUGGAUGCCAGACUCAUCAAAUUCCCACAACAACUUGACUGCUCACAGUUUUCCAGAGAGUCAAGAACAACAUAAUAUAAUGUUGGACAAUCAAACUGAAGAGAACCCCAAGGAAAAGUUCUUACUCCAGGUUUUAUCUUUGACUUGUGGAGUGAACAACCUUCUGCAGAAAACAGAGUUCAAAACCUGACAAAAACUUUAUCACUCAGAAUAUUUAUCUUCUCUUAGCACAGUGAAAAUCUUUCUGUCAUUACGACUGCUCUCCACUGGCCAAUGCUUUUGUUUUUAUCUAGUUAUUUUAUUGGCGCACUGGAGCAGACAAAAAUAAUUUCCUUUAUAGAAUAUACUGUGUAUUAAAGUAAUGACAAAUUGUGUACACCAUUAAUAAUCUCACUUUUACAAAAUGUUUAUUGCAAUUGCUGAUAUUCUGUAUUAUAUCAUGACGAGUUCUACUAAAAAUAAAGAAACAUAAACAAGGUCAACAAAUGCU